AAUUUUCUUUCCUCUUUUGGAAUAAUUGUUAAUUGUGAGAUUCCGACGUCGUCGAAGAUUUGAAGAGGACCAAGACUGUGAAAUAUUUUGUCGGCGAAGAUGGCAGAUACGCACGCAUCAGAAAUGGCUUGUGUUUACGCAGGGUUAAUUUUGCACGAUGAAGGCCUUCCCAUCACGGACGAGAACAUAAAGACCUUAUUGACUGCAGCACAAGUACAUGUUGAACCAUUCUGGCCCGGUCUGUUUGCUCGAAUGAUACAGAAGGUGGAUAUUGAUGGCUUAGUUACGAAUAUUGGGUCGGCACCAUCUCCAGCAACCAUAGCUGCUGUUGCAGCGUCUUCUGGUCCUGCUGGUGGUGCUGCCCCCGCUUCCGGAAAGGAAGCAAGUAAAGAAGAAGCUAAGAAGGAAGAAGAAGAGGAGGAAGACGAAGAUCUUGGUUUGGGUCUGUUCGAUUGAUCUUCCCACUACUCAAAUAAAAAGCACCUCUCGAGUUUUAUCAGCAAUUUUUGUAUUGAAGCGUAUGUUGAUUACAAUAUUUGGAGGAUAUUAGAUGUGUAUGGUCGUUAUCGAGAUACUGUAUUCAAGCCACGAGUAUCUUUACUAUCGCUUCAACCAGCCUUUCUUUUCCUGAAAUUCCCUCGUUAGAUUAUCUCUAUGCCUAGUGUUGCUCUCUUUGAAAGGCGAUAAGCAAAUUCUUGAAGAUUUUGUAUCUCAAGAAAUGGCUUAGCACACCGCGCUUGAAAGAAUUCUCAUACCACCGUUUUAAUAGUGUUUAUCAAACUCCCAAAGACUCUCCUUUGUGAAUCAACCAGAGGCCAUGCUGAUAAUGCCCUUCUAUAUAUUAUGUUGAAACAAUAACUCUAAUCGACUAUUUGUCCAUGAAUUACAAUACUUCAAGAGAGAUUCUUCUGUUAGACUAUGAUAUCCUUAGGCCCCUCAUAAUUU